CGUGCCAGUUGUACCAAACCGCAGGCCUUUCAAAGUGGACGCCAUUGCUAUUCUGACGCCAGAACGCCAUCAGAACCCUUCCUGAUUGAGCUGGCUCAAGCUCAGAAGGGCCCGACAUGACCACUGGCCAGAGCUUGUCAAGCUGAAAGCGAAAGCUGUUGGCAGGUGCGAUGGAUGUGCGGGGGCGUUCACUUGUGCUCCUGGCAGCUUUUGCAGCUUUUGUGCAUACCGGGUGCACGGGAAAUGCAGUUUCAGGAGAGUAUCUCGUUGGGGUUGGUUCGUACGAUGUCACAGGGCCUGCUGCUCACGUCAACAUGAUGGGGUAUGCUCACCCCGCCCAGACCGCGGCGGGUGUCCACCUACGGUUGCACUCCCGUGCGUUCAUCAUUGGGGAGACGGAAGGCGGUCCCCGGGUGGUCUUUGUCAGCGUGGACGCGUGCAUGGCCUCCCAGGCAGUCACGCACGAGGUCCUGCAGAGGCUGCAGAACAGGUACGGCGAUCUCUACACAGAGCAGAAUGUGGUCAUUAGCGGCAUUCACACGCACUCCGGCCCCGGGGGCUACCUUCAGUAUGUGACGUAUGCCAUCACGAGUCUUGGGUUCGUACGCCAGUCGUUUGACGCGCUGGUCGAUGGGAUUGAGCGGAGCAUCGUCCAGGCGCACGAGAGCCUCCGACCGGGGAGCGUGUAUCUCAAUGAAGGCGAGCUCCUGGACGCCAACAUCAACCGCAGCCCCAACGCAUACGCCAGCAACCCUCCGGAGGAGCGCGCCCGCUACGCACAUGAUACUGACAAAGAGAUGGUUCUGCUGCGGCUGGAAAAUUCCAAUGGAGACGAGCGUGGCGCGAUUAGCUGGUUCGCGGUUCACUGCACUUCGAUGAACAACACGAACCGGCUGAUAAGCGGAGAUAACAAGGGAGUCGCUUCGCGGUUGAUAGAGGACUGGAAGAAUGGGCGUCGAACGGGGAGCGGCGGAAGGGUGGGGGAUUUGGUUUCGACGACGACAAGCGAGACGGAGAGCAGCCGUCGGAUGGAGGGGAGUGUGGACAGCAGGGGCAAGGCUUCGAUUUCGGAACUCCGAGAGGAGCUGGCGAAGACGGAAAAGAAGCACUUGACCGGGGACUUGGGAUCUGCGGGCGGCUCAUCGCAUCGGCGGCGCCUGGCAAGAGUGCAAUGUGACGGCGGGGCGUGUGCGGUCAACCCGGGGUUUGUGGCGGCCUUUGCGCAGAGCAACGUGGGGGACACGUCGCCGAACGUGCUGGGCGCGUUCUGCAUCGACACAGGGGAGCCUUGCGCUGCCAACACGAGCACUUGCGGCGGGCGCAACGAGCUUUGCCACGGCCGGGGCCCCGGGUGGCCGGACGACUCCGUCAGCAACUAUGUCAUCGGGGAGCGUCAGUUCCUUAAAGCGCGCGCGCUCUACGAGGCGGCCAAAACGGCGGGGCGGCGGCUGGAAGGCCCUGUAGAUUCGCGGCACGCGUUUAUCGACAUGGCGAACGUGAGCGUGGUUCUUGAAGACGGGGCCUCGGCCAGGACGUGCAAGCCGGCGAUGGGGUUCAGCUUUGCGGCGGGGACGACGGACGGGCCGGGGGCGUUCGACUUCACCCAGGGAGAUGCGCAUGGCAACCCGUUCUGGCGCCUUGUUUCGUCCUUUCUACACCGGCCGUCCCCCGAGCAAAUCACCUGCCACCACCCGAAACCCAUCCUGCUCGACACCGGGGAAAUCAACGUGCCCUACCCCUGGGAGCCCUCGGUUGUCCCCAUCUCCAUACUGCGCGUGGGGCAGCUGUUCAUCCUAGGAGUGCCCGGGGAAUUCACAACCAUGGCCGGGAGAAGAUUGCGCGAGGCCGUGGAAAGAGUGUUAGCGGAGGCCCGGGCGUUUCCACCGGGCGGGAAAGUGGUGAUCGCCGGGCUGGCGAACACGUACGCGUCGUACAUUACCACGUUUGAGGAGUAUCAGGUGCAGCGAUAUGAGGGCGCUUCGACGCUGUACGGGCCCCACACUCUGCGCGCGUACAUCCAAGAGUUUUCCCGGCUGGCGAGGGCGCUCGCGCGCGGGGAAGCCGUCGACCGGGGGCCCGAGCCCCCCAACCUCCUGGCGCGGCAGCUCGGUUUCCUUCCCCCGGUUCUGGAGGACACGGUGCCGUUCGGGGUCCAGUUUGGGGAGCCGAUCCUGGACGUACCCAAAGAGAGCGUGUUCUCAACGAACCAGACUGUCUCGGCCACGUUCUGGACGGGCUGCCCUCGGAACGACCUGCGAACCAACGGCACAUUCGCGCUGGUAGAGCGACACGUGGCAGUCUCUGACUCGUGGGGGCCAGCGUAUGAUGACGACGACUAUUCCCUCAAGUAUCACUGGCGGCGACCCAGUCCGCUCUUUCCCGGGCACAGCGUCGCAGAACUAGAAUGGAAGAUACCGCCCGGGGUAGAAGCCGGCGUGUACCGGUUACGACACUUUGGAGCAGCGAAGCCGUCGCUAUUCUUCCCUGCGAUCAAGCAGUUCUCGGGCGCAUCAAGACCUUUUGUCGUUGUAAGCUGAUCAACCCGUCCAAGUCAAAGGCUCGUCGGAAUGUACAUUAGGGAAGGGUGCCAUGUCCUCUGGCCAAACAGUGUACAUUACCUACAAUGAAGGCUCUCAAUGUGAGCUAGGUUCGAGCCCCGUUGAGGCUUGCUUGCAAGCUUGGCAAGGAGAUGACUUGCACAAUAGAUUGUAAGUUCCAAGCAGCUGCCGCCUGGCAUGCUAGGAUUGUCUAUAUGCAGUGACCUCCUUCAAUGCAACGGCCGAUUUUGAGAUUACCUAUGUCGAUACUGCCA